ACCGCAACUGGUAGUGGAAAAUCAGCUUCGUUUGCUAUUCCGAUUCUUGUACACCAAGAGCUCUCCCGAAAUCCAACAGCCUAUCCCAGAUUUCGCUGUCGGAAACUUCCUGUAGGCAUUGUGGUGACUCCGACGAAUGGUUUAGCGGCAAAUAUUGUAUCUGGACUGAAGGACUUCGGGAUCAAUGGCCUGGCUUAUACCCAUGAGACUCUGACAGAAACUCGCAAAGCUGGACGCUCCAUAGCUGAAGAAAUCUCGUCAUGCGCGAUAUGGCAAGUCAUUUGCGUCGACCCAGAGCAUCUCAGAGGACUGGAGUGGCGCAGGAUAUCUGCCUCUGACACGUUCCGCGACAACAUCAUCUACGCUUGUGCUGGAGAAUGUCACCUCAUACUUCAAUGGGGACGUAGCUUCCGUCCGUGCUUCAAGCAUAUUGGUGCUUUCUUCCGUGGACGAUUGCCUUCAACUUUAGCUGUAAUUGGUCUCUCUGCUACGCUACCUCCUGGUCCUUCUACCGUGUCUUUUCUGCGAUGGCAGGAUCAAUGGGCGGAGGUAUGGUUGGAAUAGGAAGGGGUGGAGCAGCUCGACGAUAAGGUCGGGGUGCCUAUUGAGGUGUAGGAAGUGAAGGCGCCGAGUAUA